AUGUUUAACUUCAUCUGAGUUUGCGUGACCCACAGGGGAACCAAUUCGCUAACCUAUUUAUCGUUAACAACACCGUUAGCAACAUGUCAGCUAGCUAACUGAGCUAACUCAGAUUGUAAACACGAAAGAGUAAAUUAUUUUAUAAAGGAAGAACGGUGUCCAUUGCUCUGUCUUGAAUAUGUCAGUGAAACUCUUUCUUGCUUCGUAGCAAGUAUACAUACCAGGUAUCUUUAAGAGUCAAGUCAGUAACGUUAAGUUACAUUUCGUCAGAGUCGAAACGUGAACAAACGAUCCAUAAAAAUCACAUCAUUGUGGUAAAUUAACGUUACGAUUGAAUUUUUGGAGUAGUCUGAACGUUAUUCUGUUCACCACAUCCUUGCUGAUGGAGGAAGAGGAGCAUACAGAUAGAAAGCAACAGCUUGCCAUGCUUUAUCAAAAGCUCAACAAAAUUAAAAAGUAUCUCAAUGAAGAUGACACAGACAAUAUUAACCAGGUUAUUGGCUCAAACUCACCUGAAUCAUGCCUCUCAUAUUUGAUGGACCUGGAGAAGAAAGGGGACCCUCACCUGGAUCGUAACCACCUCACCAGACUCGUUGACUUUUACACCAGAGUAUUCUCCAAUAUGCCACUGGGGAAACACUGUCAGAAUGAGAGCUAUGCCAGGAUGUUGGUCAGAUUUGCAGAGCUAAAAGCAAUUCAAGAUGUCAAUGAGGCAGAAGCCAACUUCAACGUGGCAAGAUCUCACAGCCAGAACUUUGCAUUUGUUCACAUUGCACAUGCGCAGUUUGAACAUUCUCAAGGCAACACAAAGAGAAGCAUUUACAUUUUGCAGAAUGCUUUUGAACUGGGUGCCAAACCAAAGGAACUGCUGGAGGCUGCCUUGCAAAGCAUGCAGAUGGGGAAAACACAAGACUUCUGUUCAGAGGAUAAGGAAAAUGCACCACUAUUGUCGAACAGUAAUGUGCACAAUUCUGUCAAAAAAGGCUCUGCAUUCCAGAAAGUAAGCAGAAUAUCAGACGGGACAGGCGAACUGCAGCUCUCCAGUAUUUUUAGUUCAGGGACAGAGGCCCUCGGUGGCUCAGCAGAUGACCAGCUGCCAGGCUGGAGAUCAGGCUCUCAACGCAAGAGAGCAAUUGGCAUGCCAGGCAGAGUUCCCAUAGUACCUUUCUCUAUCCCAGAAAAGGAUGACGACGAUCACUACAUUAAUGAGAAGCCCUCAAAGAGAAGUGAUGCAUCAGUCCACACCAGUUUGUCCAGGCAAACUUCUGGUUCAAACAUGAACCCAGUAUUCGGGCUUUCAUCAAAGAAAAAUGCUGUCAAUGGACGACCAGCUGUCAGCCCAGAGCAUUGCCCUUGGGAGGACCAGGCAGCUGUGGACUCCACCACCACACUCCUUCACACACAUGACACAAGGGACACCUCGAGAAUGGAAGAUGUAACACACAACUUUGACCAGGUCGUCAAUACAAAUUCCCCCGAGUCGUGUUGGAUGUAUCUGAUGAACCUAGAGAAAAGAGGCAACCCUCACACAGACAUCAACCUCCUUAAUAAGCUCAAGGACUGUUAUUCUAAGAUCUUCUCCAGGCUGCCAAUAAGACAAUUCAGCAAAAAUGCCAGCUAUGCCCGAAUACUGGUCAGAUAUGCAGAACUCAAGGGGAUCGAAGAUCCAGAUGAAGCCCAAGACCACUUUAUAGUUGCAAGAUCCAACUGUAAAGGCUUUGCAUUUGUCCACAUAGCACAUGCCCAGUUUGAGGUUUCUCAAGGUAAUGUCAUCAAAGCAACUUCAAUUCUGCACAAAGCCCAGGCAUUAAAUGCCAGGCCAGCAGAGCUCCUGGAGAUGGCCAUACGUAACCUGAAAGCUGGGGAGAAACAGCUUGUGCCCACCAGGGAGGAGGAACACCCUACAGAAUUGCAAACAGUUGUUCCAGUAAGUGUGUCUACUUGUGGAGGAAACCAGGAACUUCAGCUUCCUGCUCGGGUCCCUGUGAACCGGUCAGGGGAACAGCCUAAACCUGCCAGCAAGGAGCCCCUAUCAGAGUGGAAGAUGCCAACUCUCAUCAACCGGCAUGUUUCUCCAGAGGAUAAACGCACAACACCUCCUGACCCCAGACCUGUUCCUCGUGUGCUGGAGUCACUCCCCACUCCAUCCCUCCAUCUUCCGUCCAGACUGAACCCACAAACAGUCUGUCAGACACCAAACGGCUACAGAAACCCCCCAGCCAACAGCUUUAUUACUCCAGUUGUAAAGAGAGGCCCUGAAGUGUCUUCCUCUGCAGUGGCAGCACACAGAGCUGGACCUGUUCAGCAGCCAUGCACACCACUAAACCAAGCACCAUGUUUCCAAACUCCACAGGCUUCCUUCACUGCGUUGUCAAAUGAAUCCAUUACCAUUAAGGGCAAGCAGUUCUUCAUACUCAAGAUGAUUGGACGCGGUGGAUCCAGCAAGGUGUACCAGGUCCUUGAUCACAAAAAGCAGCUGUUUGCUGUGAAAUACGUCGACCUUGAGGAGGCUGAUGCUCAGACAAUAGAAAGUUACAAAAAUGAGAUUGAACAUCUGAACCACUUGCAGCAGUACAGCGAUCAAAUUAUUAAGCUCUAUGACUACGAAAUUACCAACAGCUACAUCUACAUGCUGAUGGAGUGUGGAAACUUGGAUCUGAACACUUGGUUGCGAAACCGCAAAGCUGUGAAUCCGCUGGAGAGGAAGUUCUACUGGAAGAACAUGCUGGAGGCUGUCCAUACCAUCCACAAACAUGGAAUUGUCCACAGUGACUUGAAGCCAGCAAAUUUUGUCAUAGUGAAUGCUUCGCUGAAGUUGAUUGACUUCGGAAUCGCAAACAGAAUCCAACCAGAUGUAACGAGCAUUAUGAAGGAUUCACAAGUUGGAACCUUGAACUAUAUGCCCCCUGAAGCCAUCAAAGACACUUCGUCCCAACCAGGAAAAGCACGCUCAAAGAUCAGCCCCAAAGGUGACGUGUGGUCCCUUGGAUGUAUCCUGUACUGCAUGACCUAUGGAAAAACUCCAUUCCAGAGCAUCACCAAUCAGAUUGCCAAACUGCACGCCAUCAUCGAUCCUUCCCAUAAGAUUGAAUUUCCUGACAUCUCAGAGAAGGAUUUGCUGGAUGUGUUGAAGAGGUGCUUGGUACGAAACCCCAGAGAACGAAUCUCUAUUUCAGAGCUGCUGGAGCAUCCUUACCUGCAGCUGAAGCCACAAGCAUCACCUGAACCAGAACGUCCAUGUAAUAGUGAUCUCAAGAAGAUCCUGACGGACCUCGCAGCCCUCCAGUCUCCAAACAGCAUCAUCCGAGCUGCUAAUAAUCUGGCAAAAAUGUGCAGCAGUGGCAGGAAGUUGGAUGUUGCAGAGUGUGCAAAGUCAUCAACUUAACUAUCUUUUUUUUCUUUUUUGACCACACUAACCACUUCAGUACAGUAACAAUAUUUUCUGUUGUAAGAUGUAGAACUAACAAUUCUGUAUGUUUGUUUGUUUCCUUGAAACAAAAUCAUUAUAUUGCCUCAUUUUUACUUAUGUCCUGAUAAUAAAUGUAAGCAUACAGUAGAGUCAAAUGAACAUACUGUAUCAUUAGGAUUUGUUGGUUUAUUUGUCUCAGCUGAUAUAAAGGAUGGGUAACUGA